AUGGGAGGCAUUCCAUGGAAAUCGAAAGGCUGCCGAAACUGUAAAAAGCGCAAAGUGAAAUGUGACGAGCAGCGGCCAGAAUGCGCGCGCUGCAUCAAGUAUGGCACCAAAUGUCUGGGAUACGAAAGGGACAGCCGAUUUGUGAUAUACAGUGCCUCGGCAAGCCCUCAGUGGGCAGCACAGCGAGUAGUCCAACCUCAGGCCUUGAACUACAUUGGGCCACAUGCUCUCCCGGCAGGCGUCACGGCUGGUCCCGCGAGGCGGGAACAGGUUUUGUCAACGUAUGUCGAGAUCUUUUUCCCCAGUGCGAUGGAAGCCAGAUCCAGUUUCGACCUUUGGUACUACCUGAUCUCCAACUUCUGUGCGUUACCGAGGAAGACCGAAAUGCUUGAAAGGUCGCUCUCUGCAUUGGCAUGCAUCUACUUGGGAAAAAAGAACCAUGACACCCGGAUGGUCAAAUAUGGAGUCCAGCUAUACAACUGGGCAAUCCGAGCUAUGGCACACAUGAUUGCUCGUGACGCGUACUGUGACGAUAUUAUUUAUACAACAGUCCUCUUCCAGGAGAUAGAGACGUACCACUGUCCUAAUGGACUACAGGGCUGGGUUUCUCACGUCGCGGGAACCAAUGCAAUCCUAAGCCACUUUCGGCGACGACCAGGCAAAGGCCUUCUGGUGGACACCAUAUACAAUGAAUAUCAAAAACAACGACUGGUAAUGUCCGCUCAAGGCAUCUACUUGAACAAAGAGGAGUUCGACUAUGUGACCCAACCGAGUGGUGGUAAUCCGACGAUUGAGUUGCUGCGUCUGUUUGCAUAUUUUACCCCGAUAGCGACCGCAAUCAAGAUGGCUCGUCCUGCGAAUCGCAAUACGUGCCGGAUGUUGCUUCGAAAAUGUCUCGCGCACAGACAGAAGGUGAUGAACUGGUAUGCGAAAAAUGUGAGAUGGGGCCCGGAACCAUGUGCCCCCGGGGAAAUCUUAACCACCAAGGUACCAUCAACAGAACCCCUUUUCGGAACGGCAUAUCGGUUUCAAUCAGCGGAUAAUGGGAAGAUUCAUACAACGUACUGGACGUUGCUCAUUAUCAUGCAUACCGUGAUCUCUCGAGCUCGAAGCCUGGUUGCUGCGUAUGAUAUUGAUCCAUUCAUGCCGGAUGUGGACGAGCAGUUCGGGGAUGCAGACUACGCGAUUGCGAACUACUACGGUGAUCAAAUUGCCCGAGCGAUACCGUAUCAUGUGCAGGCCAGCAUGAGAUCAUGGGGCAUCCACUCAGUCGCGUUUGCAUUUUGUCAGUGUGCGAAGACAUUUGUGGACUGCGCCAACAAAGAAAAGUUCGACUGGUCUCAGAAGGUUUUCACUGUGUUUGGACAAGCGGGCUUUGAAUCAGGGGCCCGUCUAGGGGAAGUGCUUGUGGGACUGUGGAUGAUGCACCAAUCCAAACUCGCGGGUAUGGUUGUAGCGGAAACUGAAAGAAGAAAUCCAACCCCGGGAACUCCUGAAGCAGUUCGGAAAAUGCAUGAUGUUGUCGGUGGCAUGAAAGAUAUGCCUGGUAUGUUAAGGAAAGCAGAGGAACAGGAGGCAGUCGCAUAG